AUGGCUACUUAUUCACCAUACGAGUCUACCCGGUACCGGGAAGCCUACCCCCCUUAUGACGAGGACAGGUUUGCCAGUGCCUCGACAACGCCUUCGCCCCGGCAACCGGCAUACCAUUUCACCGAGCUUCCUCCCCGACCCCAACGACCGGCCACACGGGCUCACUUCCGGUCCGGCAGUGUCAGCGGCUACACCAACACUUACAGCAGUCCUCGUGGCUCCUUCUCUCCCCGCUACACCAGCGACGGCCACUAUGCCACUGCCAAUGUGAGUCACUCGCGGUCAUCGCGCAAGCAAAGCUUUUCGGUCCCUCGCUCCAACUCCAAGCGUGAGCGGCGGAGUUCUUAUUCCUAUUAUCGGGCCUCGGACUCCCAUGGAGAAUCCGACGAGGACGAGCUGGAUCGGUUGAACCGGCUCGACGGUGUCACCUACAUGGUGCCUGCGCCAUCGAAAACCAAGCGAUACAACACCCGGGAUUACUUUACUGUCAAUGCUGGUGGACAAGGAACUGAUUACGAAUACUAUGCACAGGCCGGCCCGCACCGUGAUUACCAGAACUAUGACAGAGAGUCCGCCUUCCCUUCCCCCAGGUACGACUCGGACCGGACGGACCGCAGGCCCCUUGCAGGACAACGUCGCAGUUCUACAUCACACGCAGUUCCCCAGCGCCCUCAGACAGCGAGGCCAGCCAGCUCCUCUCACAAGAAGCCUCCACCGCCGACACGUGUGGCGACCGAGGAAGAUGCCAAGACGUGGAAGAUUCCUCCCGGGUAUUCGUUGAAGAACUGGGACCCUACGGAGGAGCCCAUCAUGCUGCUUGGGAGUGUCUUCGAUGCCAACUCCCUGGGCAAGUGGAUUUAUGACUGGACUGUCUACCACCACGGCCCUGCUACCCCUAUCUCUGAAAUGGCUGGAGAGCUGUGGCUGCUCCUGAUCCAGUUGGCCGGAAAAAUCAAGCGCGCCGAUCACUGUCAGGACAAGGUCCGUACCAAGGAGAACAGGGAGAUCCUCCAGGAGUUCAUGGAGGCCGGUGACCGCCUCACCGACAAGCUUCGCAAGCUUCUCAAGGCAUGUGAGGCUCCCAUGCUUCGCUCUAGCGCCAAGCAACGGAGCUCUUCUCUCGGCAAGGGCGCUGGCGUUGAGUUUGUUGACACCCUCUUUGGACGUGAGCGGGAGCUGGAGAAGACGGAGCGUUUCAUGUCCCAGGUCCGCCUGUGGAACCUUCGCUUUGACGCCAACUGCGAGGAUAUCCUUCGCAACCCGACCGCUUAA